AUGACGAUCAUGGCGAUGCAAAGCCAGGAUAACAUGGUGGUGGGAGGACAAGCACCGACGCCUGGGAAAUUCUCCCGGUACCGUUCUGUGAGGAGGGCUGCCUCGAACAACGCACAGGGCCGGACUACGAUCCAUACUGCAGUCCCUCCAGCCCCAACUCCAGCGAGCGCGCCAGGGUCUGUAUCGCAAGAUACGGCGGCCUGGACAACCGACACAAACACCACUAUUAAAAAGAGCAUGUCGCGUUAUCGACGCCAAAAAACCCAGUCUUCGAAUAUAACCCCCCAUGUGCCUCCGCUUCCCACGUCCGCAGGCCAACCUCCACCCUACCGAGCCCAACCUCCUACGACUACACGUGAUAACUCUUCCCCGCCAUCGUCGUCCUCGGAGGAAGCAGAGGUCGCCAAAGUAAAAGGAAAAUUGCCGAGUGCGAUGGCACGAGAUACUCGUCGGAAAGCGUUGCUGGAAGGAAAUGACAAUACCUCGUCUCCGAACUUGAGUGACAGGGAAUACGAGGAGCGAGAGCGGGAUAGGCAAGAUGCUAUGGAUCGCUUGACCGGCGGUUGCGACAAGGCUGCGGCCUCGUCUUCGGCGCAAAGACCAAUGACGCGAGGAAGGGCUGCCACCAACCGUGAGGUUCCCAAGGCGGAAAAGAAAUUACGCCAGGCGAAGGAGUAUAGUCAACGGCAUUCUAGUAACGAGCCGACACGAAGGUCCCUCCGGGAGGCGAUGAAGUUUUCUCGCUCCAAAGAAAAGCCAAAGGGGGAAUCACCCUCGGGGAGCCCCGUCGAUGCUGCCUUGAAUUUUCCCGGAAUUGACGCUCCCAUAUCCGCCGUCAACGCUGGUGAGCGUAGAGUUGUUGUCCAGUAUAAAAAGCAUGCUCAAAAGUUCACCGUGACGCCAUCAACUUCGGCGCAGGACAUAUUGGCAUCCGCUUCCAGCUGUUUAUCUGGCGAAAUCGAGCCUCGUGGGUUUAUUCUUUUGGAAUCCUUUAUCGCGUCGGGGCUGGAACGGCCGUUGCGUCAAUAUGAAUACAUUCGCGAGGUCAUGAACUCGUGGGGCCAUGACGAGGAGAACCGAUUGAUCAUUGUUCCGGCUGCCAGCAUCGAUGCUUUGGCUUUGCUUGACGCGCAGAAACUCUCUCCAGAGCAGCCUGUGGAUACCACAUUCUACAUUUACUACUCCCACAAGCCCCGCAAGUGGGAUAAGCGCUAUGUGACACUACGCUCUGAUGGGCAGAUUACGAUCUCGAAGAAGGAAAUAAGCAAAGAGCAGACUUAUGCAUGCCACCUGUCGGAUUUCGAUAUUUACUCCCCUACCCCAACCUUUCUUACUCGUACCGUGAAACCUCCGAAGAAACUGUGCCAUGCAGUGAAGAGCCAGCAGAAAUCAAGCAUGUUCAUCACCACCGAGAAUUUCAUCCAUUUCUUUGCAACCAACGAUAAAUCAAUUGCUGAAAGGUUCUAUCGGGCUGUCCAAUCGUGGCGAAGUUGGUACUUGGUAAACAAGCUGGGUGCUGGUCAGACCGAGAGCAGCUCGGAGCAUGCGAGAAGCAUCAACCAGCCCCAAGAUAAUACUUCGCCGGUUCGAACAUUCAAACCAUUGAUAGAUUCGAUCGACUACCCCAGCAGCGACGAUAGAGAACGGCCAGCAGAGCCUCCGGCUGAACGGUCGCGGACACAGCAAUUAUUCGCUCGCAAGAGAACAUCCCGUGAUCCUGGUCCACCACCGUCAUCCUUUCCCAAAUCCCUUGCCAAUGAACCGGACCCUGGAGUGCAGUCGACUGAUGGAACUCCUUUCUCAUCAUCUGGCCUGCUAGGACGAACAUACACCCUCCGUCAAAAGGCCCUGAAGGAAAGGGAGGAAAGGGAAAAGCGCGAAACAGACGAGCUUUUCAGCCAAGGACUCGUGGGUCAAAGCCUUGCUGGCAAUGCGACUUCCCGACGCCAGGCCAGUGCUUCGCGACCGGGCAGCCGGUCUAACACCAUGACCUCGGCUCACGCACCCGAUACGGAUGGGUUAAUCAAGCGGUCGCAGUCACUGCAUCAAGGCAAACCGCUCGUGGAUUUGACGCCGGUGUACCAGGAACCGCCGCAACAUAUUCGCAAAGGACGCGGCGUUACAGUUGAGACGGGGAUGCCCCUGAUUGACGCUGCUACCGGACCCGAGGCCCCCGGUGGAAUCGUGGUCCCGCCCGCAAAGACCUGGAGACGACCGCCAGCGCCAGCAGAGCCACAGCCCAAUCCGGAAAUACGCACCCGAAACCGAUCUAACACGGCUCGUAGUGCCAGCAGUCGCUAUCGCCAUCCCAAUACGGCUCCUGCAUCCCCGGCAGAAACACCGGAUGCACCAGCUGUGUGCGAAACCCCGUUCGCUCCCAAUAGUCUUUUGGCGCGAACAGGACACCAAGCUCCUGUGCAGGGGGCGCCGAUUGGGCAUGGCGUGGCUACUGGGGAUCGCAAUGCCACGAAACCGAUGCUCGAUAUGUCAGAUUUGAACCCAUUCGCAGAGGGCAGCUUGCUCCGGGGGCUGUAAACUUGACCACGACGUUGACAGUUUAUGGAAGUGGCGGUGGCUUAAAGUAUUUCUGAUUUACUCCUUUUUUUUUUUUUUUUU